UUAAACUCCUUAACCUGACUCUCCAGUUCAUUGACCGUAAUCAAACAUUCAGACUACUCUAGUGGUUAAUUGUUGCUUCAGUCUAGCUUCCAAUGUAUCUACUUAAGAUUCACCACCUGCUGUUGAGCUUUCUUGCUACUUAAGAGUCCUGUUCUUCGUUCUUUCUCCUGUAGGAUUCAUUCUAACUCCCAAUCCAAAUUUUUGAUCUGUUGCUUUGAUCUGUUGCUUUAGCGUAUCUAUAUAUCAUAAUUUUUCUGCCUCACACAUCUUAGCAUGUCUCCCAGGCCCUAGUCCCUAAAGGACCGGCAAUUGAAACUUUACUAUAGAUCGAUGCAUACUAGACUAGAUUUCAUCUGUGCUUCAGUUAUUACCUAACCGGAAAUCCAGAAGAAAAUUAAAAUCCAAAUCAAAUUUGAAUUAAUCAUUUCAAUCCUAAAAUAGAGAACUAUUAUUCUUUCCCCUCCCUUAAAGUUGUGUUUAUGAACAAGAAAACCCCUCAAGUCUUUACUUCUUUAAUUUUCGGUUUGUCCCUAAAGUCUCUAUUCGUUAACUUCUGACCACCACCCUCUGUUUCUUUUCUUCUCCAUACCCAAAUGGAAUAUCUUCAUCUUCAAUCCUUCUCCGUCUCUCUAUCGUUGUUUAUAUGUGAAAUUACCAUAAGAUGAUCUAUUCUGUGAAUAAUUCAAGAAACAAGAAUGGUGAAGCUAACUAUAGUUGGAAGGGUUGAAGAUGGAUUACCGCUAGCACAAGAUCAAACCUAUGUAAACCAACAAGACAACGUUAGUUUCUUGUUCUACAAAGAGCAAGCCGAACUACUCCUAAAACAAAUUUCCAAAAACCCAUUGUUACGUCCAAAGAUGACCAUCUUGCUUGAUCAUCAUUCUUUCCACUUCCUGGUGGAGAAGAAGAUAUGCUACAUCGCGCUAUCUGAUUCGUCCUACCCAAGAAAGCUACUUUUUCAUUACCUGCAGGAUCUUCAGAAGGAACUUGAUAAUUUCGGUGAGACAACACUUAUCCAAACAACCUCAAAACCCUAUAGCUUCGUGAGGUUUAGUAAGAUCAUAGGGAGAAUAAGGAAGCAAUAUAUGGAUACGAGAACACAGGCUAACCUAUCGAAGUUGAAUGCUUCGCGGAAACAAGAACUUGAUGUAGUUACUGAGCAUUUGAAUGAUUUAAUGCAAAGACGACAACUCUCAGCAACAUCAGAAAUAUCGUCUUUGGAUCGUCGAAUGUCUGUUUCAACCAUUUGGUGCUCACGAUAUCUUCAGGAUAUUGCGUUAAAAUGGACACCCGUGACGAUCAUUAUUCUCGUUAUUCUUGUUAUUUUCAAAUCAAGCUUGAUUAUGACAGAUGAUUAUUUAAUUUCAAACAUGAUAUGAUCAAGUAA